AAUUCGCUUGUCAGUGACUUAUCACUGCCCAAUCGUGUGGAGUCGGUGUCCGCCGACAUGGGUUCCCGCCAAAUACGAGCAGUCGCUGAGUGACGAGGGCCAUCCGGGGUAGAGGGUGCCAACAGCGGUGCUUUGAGUCCGUCUACGGGAGUUGUGAAGGGGCAGGAGAAGGCGCGUGACAGCUGUGAUCGCAGCUCCUGGGGGGAUUACCGCACCUUGUGGAUUUGGAAGUGGACUUGGUGAUGUUGGCUGCAGAGAAUCCAUCAGUUGCAGGUAUCCAGGGGAAUUCAGUGAUGGAAUGCAAGACUAAAUCCUCUGCAGUUGGGAAGAAGUUGGUCCAAGCAAGACUGCCAUUUAAGCGACUGAAUCCUGUACUGAAGGAGAAUGAAGAUCCAUUGGAGGGCAAGAAACCAAAUUCUUUGAAGAUUUCUCCAUGCCAUAAUGACUCUGACCUCGAUAUGUCACAUGAUGUAGAAAAUGAAUGCCAGCUUGGUUCUGAGCAAGGCCUUCCCCAUAAACCUGUGACCGGGAAAGGAUCUUUAGAUCACUUUAUUCUCAAGAGUGCUGUAGCAGGAAAAGAUGAUUGCAAAUCAUUAGCUAUUGUUGAUCUCACAGAGGACUCUAAUGGUAUUACAGAGGCUCAAAUGGGGCAGACUGGUGCGAUCAUGGAAUGUUCUGCAGAAGUCAUUCAUGAAGGAACAGAAAACAAAUGUAGGUCAACUGAUUCUUCCAGUCUGUCUGACAUGUUAGAGGAUUCUGUGGUUAAGGAACCUGCCAGCCUGUCAUACUGUAAGUUGGAUGCAAGCGUAAAUGAAGAUGGUGCACAUAAUUCCAUGAACUGCUCUGAAACUGUGAACAAAAGGGAAACUUUAAUAGUUAACACAGGAAUAUGCACUUCCCAAAAUGCAAGCAGCAAGUUUAACAGGAGCAGGGAUGUGUUGUUAGAAGGUAGAUACCCACUUGUAGUGUUACAAGAUAUAAUGGCUGUUAAAUCAUCAAAUUCUUCACAGUUAGAGGAUAGUAUUUUGACAGAAACUGAGCAGGAAUCAAAACUAGAAUCAUUUCUUGGGAACGACUCUGUCAUUUUGUCCUCUGCUAGUUCACUUUCUGCCUCUGACAGCUCGCCGGAAGGUAAAGCUAUGAAAGAGACCAGUGAUGGACCAGGUUCCAGAACUUCAACCCCUUUGUCUAAGGUGAAACCAAAAAUUGCUGGAGGGUUGAAGGCACAUAUACAAAAAGAACGAGAAGAAAAGAGACAAAAAUUACAAGCCGAAAAAGAAGCAAGAGAGAAACUGAAAGAUGAGGCAAAAGCUGCAAAAGAACGUGCUAAGGAAGAGGCCAAAAGGAAGAGAGAUGAGGAGAAGGAAAUGAAAGAAAAAGAGAAGAAGGAGAAGAAAGAAAAAGACGACAAAGAAAAAGCGGAAAGACUGCGACUGAAAGAAGAAAAACGGAAAGAGAAGCAAGAUGCAAUAGAGGCCAAACUUGAAGAGAAAAAAAAGAAAGAGGAGGAGAAACGGUUAAAAGAAGAAGAGAAGAGAGUUAAAGCAGAGAAGGCUGAGAUCACAAGAUUUCUUCAGAAGCCAAAGACUCCGCAAGCUCCAAAGAUUCUUGCUGGAUCAUGUGGGAAGUUUGCACCAUUUGAAAUUAAAGCGAACAUGGUACUUGCCCCUCUCACUAGAGUCACUUGUGAUCAAGACAUGACUAAGCAGUUAGAUUACAAUAUGCACGAACAAACAACAGACUACAACUACCUAAAAGAACUGAAGUCACGAAAGCCUCGAAGAUCUGGACCCACUUGUUGCAAAGCUGGAAUAUUAAGUGAUGUAAUUAUUCUGCAAAAUGAAUCUGCUGGCAUUCCUAAUCGAAAGAAAUUUGGGAAAAUGAAACUGCUUUAUUUCCAUGAAAAUUAUCGUCCGGCAUACUGGGGGACCUGGAGCAAGAACUCUUGUAAAAUCAGUCCUAGGAACCCUUUGAGUAAAGAUGAGGAUUUACUGGACUAUGAAGUGGACAGUGAUGAAGAGUGGGAAGAGGAAGAACCUGGGGAGUCCUUAUCUCAUAGUGAAGGAGAUGAUGAAGAGGAAGGAGGUGAUGAUGAAGAUGAGGAUGAUGGAUUUUUCGUUCCUCAUGGAUAUCUUUCUGAUGGAGAAGGUGCUACUGAUGAGGAAUGUAGGGAUCUUGAGAAGCAGAAAAUUCGCCAGAAACUUAAAGCGAAGGAGUGGGACGAGCUUAUGACGAAAGAGAAGAAACUUUGUGUGUUGCAACCUGUGGUAAUUGGCUGUGUAUGGGAGGGUAAUGCCAAGAACUGUCAGAGCUCUGAGUUCAAAAUUCUACAGCAGUACACGGCUUGUAUACUCGAAGUUAACUUAAUAGAGGAAGAACAAAUUCAGGAAGCUUGCAUAAGGAGAGCCAAGAGGGAUGAGCAAAUACUUGGUCAGCUGCUGCCACUUCUCCAUGGGAAUGUGAACGGAAGUAAAAGCAUCAUCCAAGAGUUUCAGGAAUGGUGUAGGCACAAGUCACCUGGUGAAGUAGUAGGGAACCCUAAUAAUGAAACAAAUUCCACUAGUCCUGUCUCAUCACGGCCACAGACCCCAGUUGUGGAUGAGGACAAUUCCAUUCCUUCUAAAGCCAAGCUCAAACGGCUUAUUUCUGAAAAUGCAGUUUAUGAGAAAAGACCUGAAUUUAGACUGAGAUGCUGGUAUGUUCAUACAGAAGUGCUAAAAACAUUUGAGAGAGAAAACCUUCCUGUGCCUUGUCACUGGAACUACCUUACCCAGGUACCUUUUCCAACAGUACCUUUUCCAGCAAAGGAGGAUAUUAGCAGUCCAGUUAGUGGAGGAAGCACAGUUGUCACUACCCCAGUUUCAGUGAAAAGAAAGUCCGUAGGGAGCAUGCCCAUCACCAAGUUCAUGAAAAGAAGGAAGGGAGCAGAGCAGAGUGAAGUGAAUGAACCAGAUGGAUUCCAGGCAGACACUGAGGAAGAUGAAGAUGAGGAUCCAGACUGUAUGAUAGUGGAUGUAUGUCUACCAUCAGAUGCAGGCCCUAAACAUAAUGGCACGGCAGCACAGGUGGAUGGAAUGGACAUUGUUCUGGACAGCACUACUGUUGUCCCAUCUGUUAAUAUCUGAAAUGUAUUUAAUUGCCAAUUUGUGUACGUAUGUAGUAAUACUUCUUUUAGGAUUAAAAAAAAAAACUUUAACAUAACUCCUGCAUUUGUGGGCAGCAAAGAUACUUGAACAAGUUUGCGUCAAUUAUGUAUAUAAAAGGCAGUUUUUUUUAUAUAACAAAACUCAAGUGACAAAUUCUAGUGCUGGCAUAAUUAAAUGGUAUGAUUUUUUAUCAACAGUUAUAGUUUAAAAAUAUGUAAAGCUAUUUCUCUCAAAUAAAGCAUUAUUGAUACUCUGUAUUGUUUUACCCAAGAUAAAUUGUGCAGUUUAUUGUGAAUAACUUUUUAAAUAUGAGUACAAGCUGUGUACAUUUUAGAAUUAUAAAGUAAAUAACAAACUUUA